GAUGAUGAGGAAGGAUGGUUUUAAUCGGUAGGUUGCCGACCUGGUCUCGACUAGAUGGCCUGGCCUCGAUCAAUGAAUGGGUUGGGUAAGAACAACCGGAGUGAACCAGUACCGAGUGGUUCAGGAUCUGGUUUUCCAGUUCAUCCAGGUCGAAUUGUUCGAGUCACAAAACAAAAACACAAAAGAGUUGGAGAAGAAUGGAAUAACAAACCGACGCAAACAGUAUCCGUUGCCCACGGUCAAGGUAAAACGGU